UGUUCCUACUUUAGGCUUUAUAUAAAACAUCAUUUACGUACCAACUUUCAGACGAGGGCAAGACUCGAAUUAAUGUUUGGUCAAGAACCCAAUCCAAGAGCCAACACAGCAACAAAGUCUGGAGACUCUGCUUCAUUCGGCAAGUUCAAAACUAAUCCAAAUUAAUUAAUUUUCAUCAUACAUCUAAAUAAUCCCAUUAUGCUAUGCAAAUUUAUUAAAACAAAAAACAUAGAAAUAUUAUAUUACUUACGGCUAAAAAUUAUGAUCUAAUAUUUUAAGUUAUAAAAACAAAACUAAAACGUUUUGGCUAUUCUAACUGUUAUAUAUUCUUUAACAACAACGAAAAAAAAACUGUUAUAUAAUAUGCCAUCAUGAUUCAUUGCUUGAUAGUUGACCAAAUUUAGUAUGGUAAAAUACACCUCAUAAUUUUAAUUUAUCUUCUUUUGCAUUGACUGAUUAUUUUUGAAAACUUUUCUUUUUCAAAUCCUAUUGUUUUAAAUAAUCAAAUCCUAUAAUAGGAUGGCACAUCUUUUUCAAUUGUUCUACAUUACAAAUCUAAUUUAGAGUUAAAAAGGUAAGAUUUUUUAAAAAAUGUUGCCAAAACAAAUAAAAAACAGUUACUCAUUUGCUCAAAAUGUUAUGGAAACAAAUGUAUUUCCGUUGACUGUUGUCCAAAUAACUACGUAACAUAUUUGUUUCUGUUCAAGAGUUAUUACACUAUUCAUCGCCGGUGAUAAAAUGGCGAAGUCGUCGCCGGUGAAGAUACCGGCCACUAGUCUAGAGGAUUAUGCUCACAGUCCAUUCCAUUACGCCGUCGUUUUAGGGGAUCACGCUGGUUUGACUCGUCUUGUUUCCUCCUUGCCUAAGCUAACCGAGCCAGAACGAAUACACACCGAGUCAGACUCCGCGAGCCAGGAGCGACUCGCCGAGCAAAUCUCCGCCGCGAUUGACCGCCGCGACGUUCCCUUACGCGAGACGCCUCUCCAUCUAGCGGUGCGCAUAGGCGACGUUUUCGCCGCGGAGACGAUCUCCUCCGCCGGCGCCGACAUCACGCUCCAGAACGCCGCGGGAUGGAGCCCCUUGCACGAGGCGCUUUGUCGCCGGAACGCCGAGAUCACGGAGACGGUGCUCCGGCAUCAGCGCCGCUCGGCUUGGUGCAAAUGGAGACGGAGGCUGCCGCAUUUGAUCGCCGUCCUCCGCCGCAUGAGAGACUUCUACAUGGAGAUUUCUUUCCACUUCGAGAGCUCCGUGAUCCCCUUCGUCGGGAAGAUUGCUCCUUCCGACACGUACAGGAUCUGGAAACGCGGCGGAGAUCUUCGCGCGGACACUUCUUUGGCCGGGUUCGAUCGGUUCAAGAUCCGCCGCGCGAGCCAGAGCUUUCUUUUCCUCGGAGACGGAGACGAGUUUCUCGACGUGACUUCCGGUACGUUGCUUGUGUUGAACCGAGAGGAGAAAACAAUCUUGAACGCGUUUGAAAACGCGAAUGAUCCGAUUAGCGACGGUGAGAUCGCCGGUUUUUGCUCUCGGACGAGCUUGUACCGUCCGGGGAUGGACGUUACGAAGGCCGAGCUCGUUGAGAUGACGAACUGGCGUCGGCAAGCGAAGACUGAAACUAUCGGAGAGUGGAGAGCCAAAGGUUACGAGGUUGCGAACGUGAGUUUCAGUUUCAAGUCGCGGAAAGUUGUUGCUGUCGGAGAAACAGAGCAGAACUAUUCGGCUUUGGACCGUAAGAAUAAUCGGAGUUUCUCAGAACCGCAGAGGAGGCAGCACGGUUGUUCCAACGUUGAGGAGAAAGAGUUUCAGCCGUCUUCAUCGUCGCGGAGGAGUAGAAAGUCGGUUUCUUUACCGGCAGAGGGGGUUCCGGUGGCGGGUUCCGUGCCGCGGAUCAAAGAGAAGGAGUUUGUGAAGAGUUUGAGUCCUUCGGUUUGGUUAACUGAGGAUUUUCCUUUGAAGACGGAGGAGCUGCUUCCGCUGCUUGAUAUUUUAGCCAAUAAAGUUAAAGCUGUUCGGAGAAUGAGGGAGCUGCUCACCGCUAAGUUCCCGCCGGGAACUUUCCCGGUAAAGUUGUCGAUACCGGUGAUACCAACGGUGAAGGUAGUCGUGACAUUCAGCAAGUUUGUGCCUCUCCGGCCGAUAGAUCAGUUCUACACACCGCUAUCAAGCCCGAGGCACCUCUCGGCUGUAGUCGAAGACCAAUGCGACGUGGAGAGUGAGGAAACAUCCGACAUAAGAACGUCAACAAGUUCACGCUCAUCGUUUUCAACGUCGUCUUGGCGGAGACUCAAUAUCACAGGCACCGGGAAAAAUGCACAGCGACGGCUGGAGGAGGAGCAGGCACAAAUGGUGGAUCCCUUUUCAAUAGCGACAGGGUAUAAGUGGACGAGCAACUCAGAUAAUUCAGGUAAUGAAUUAAACUACUUGUUACAUGUUGAUUUCUUUUUGUAACAUUUUGAUUAUUGUCAAUCAAUAUAUAUAGGGUAACAUUAGUUAAAGAAAUUAAGUCAAUAUGUUGAAAAUGAAAGGACAACAAAAAAAUACUAUGGUUUGUACCUUAUAGACCUGACUAGACUUCUUUUUCAACUAUAAGAACCCUAAACUUCCCUGUGUUUUCUUAUCUGGUUUUAAUUUUGUCGAUCAAAAAGAACACAGCAUAAGCUCUCCAUACACAACCAAUGGUAUCGUUUCUCUCAUGCUACUUUUGAUUUUGUAGGUAAAAGAAUCACUCUAUCGUGUGGAUGUGCUCAAGUAGUUCUCCGGGAAAAAUAAACAUCUUGGGCUGAAAGUUUUAAUGGCCCAAUGUUUAGACACCUAUGUGUUUCGUUUUUGUUGGUGUAAACCCAUCAAACGUUAAAUAAUUGAUCUAAGUUUCCAAGAUGAUUCUUAGAUCUCGAAUCUAUUCUAUUAAAACAGCUAACACUUCCGAUUCAUAAAUGUUUGGUCAUAUUUUAUAACUGCAUCUAAAUUAACCAAUUCCACUAACAACGAAUUUUAUGCAACCGUAAUAUUCGUUUUUUUAAAACUAACCGUAAUUUACCUCAUACUAUUAAAAAUUGAGAGGUAUAAUAUUAUUUAUCAGUACGAAACUUAUACGUGAUUAUAUAGACUUCAUGAAAUAUUCCUUUGAUGAUGAUCAACUAUUCCACAUACAAAUCAUUAAUAGAAAUACCUAUACAACCCAAAUACAAACCCACUUUUAAUAAUUUGUGUUAGUUUUAGACAAAAAUAAAUAAUAUUUAUUAGCUUAAUAAUAUUUUUUCGUCAGCGUUAGCUUUAUAAUAUAUAAUUAUAAAUAUUUGUUAUUAUCAUGAUAUACAACUACCAACAGCCCAUGAGUAAAAAUCAUAGCAAAUAUAUAUAACUUAAUAAUAUAUAAUUUUCAAAACCGAUUAAAUUUUAGACCAAUACAAUAAAAAUUCAUGAAUCAAUUCAGAUAAACAAGAAAUAUAAAUAGUUUUCUUAUAAGAAAAUUAAAUUAUUUAAUCUAUCUAUUCUAUUAAAUUAGGAACAUGAUCAGUUGAUAUUAUUAUGGAAGUAUUAUUUAUAAAAAUAUAGGGAUAAUUUGAAAAAUACCCUAUUUAUGAUUUAAAUUUUGAAAAAUAAAUCUAUUUUUUUUGUUUUUUUGAAAACUACACUUUCUUGCUUGCAAUAAGACAUUUUUGUCCUAAUUUGAUU